UCGGCAAGUUGGUUUUCCCACUUGAAAAAAACUGCCAGAGCCUCGUCCAUCCAUACCAGCCGAGUCAGCUGAAAUAACCUGCGCUGCGCAUUCACUCCACCGUCAUCGUCUCUGGCCUCCACAUGCUAUCCACAGUUUCCCGCCGCUAAGGGAUCCGCACUACCCAUCCGCCGAUAACGAGGACGCUCCACAGGGAAACAAAGCAGGGGAACCUUUCACCGCAACCAAACAACUCCUAGGUUGGGCUUCGCGCCAUGUCCAUGUCCCUGGCACCCACCUUCCCGUCCCGCGUGUUUCUUUGAGAUUGUGACUUUGCGGCUCUCAGAGCCUCAAUUGACGAGUCUUGCCAAGGAACGCCACCGGCACCAGCAGCGGCACCAAAACCCCCCAUGGACCGCUCUGAGGUUGGCUGCCAAACAACCCUGCCAAACGGGUGCACCAUGGCUGAAGCAGCUGAUGAGAGAACCCCCCUACUGUCGUCCACCAGCGUCUCUCACACCACUGUUUCUCACUCGGGUGCUUCCCCUGACGGCCCUGGUAUUCCCAGAGACCACCAAGGCGAAGACGAUGAUGAUGUCAUCCAGCCCAGAAAAGAUCGCAGGCGGUUAAAAAAGAUCUGGACCUCACUCAAACCUUCGACCGAGAGUCAGAUUCUUCUUGCUGGCUUUCUCAUCACCCUGUCUUUCAGCUUCACCCAAGUCCCAAUCCUCUAUGCCUUCCACCUCAUGCAAUGCGAUCACUACUACUCCACUCACCCACCCUACACCGGCCCCGGUGACCGCUGCAACAUAGAUGAGAUCGCCGCCGGCAUGGCCACGCAGUUUUCCAUCUUGGGAAUGUCUACCACGUUCUGCGGAACCAUCAACUUGUUUGUUGCUGGCUGGACAGCCAAAAAAAUUGGCCCAAAGUAUGCCUUGAUGAUUCAGACCCUGGUCCCUGGCAUACGAGUGUCGACGCAGAUUCUGGGGCUCAUGGCUGGAGGAGCAAAGGGAAUGUUGAUGAUCCAGUGCACGCAGAUUAUCACGGUCAUUGGCGGACCUGCUGGGUAUCUGUUGAUUGUAAACAUCAUCGCUGGCGAAGUGGUGCCCCCACUGAGAAGGACAGCCGUGUUUGGCAUGCUGCAGGGCUGUAUCAUGCUUGGCCAAGGCCUGGCCGGCGGCAUGAUGGGUGAUAUUUGGGGCAUCAGCCGGCCUUUCGAAGUAGCCUUUUGCGCGUUUCUUUUGUCAACGCUUUAUGUGGCUAUGGUGGUGCCAUACAUUGAUGCAAGCACCAUCAGCAGUGCAAAGAAAGCUCGAGGCCAGGGCAUCUCCCAGUUGUUUACACCCCUGAGAGUGUUGCUGCCACAGCGAAUCUUGUCUCGGAACGGGACCGUGACGAAACAUUACGGACUGAUGGUUCUUUGCGCCGGCAUCUUUCUCGGUGUGCUGGCAACAGGAUAUGCGCCGCUGCUUAUGCAGCUCUAUGCCACAGCCAAGUUUGACUUCAAACAGACCGAGAAUGGCUGGUUGACGUCAGGUUUUGCCUUUAUGCGCGGUAUGUUUUUAAUAUUUGCUUUCCCCCGCAUCAUCAACAGGGGACGAUGUUGGUACAUGACACGGCAUCCAGAGGCGCAACAGCACCAUGACCACGGCAAUGGCCAUGAAGAAACGGCUCACCUGGCAACCAACCCAGAAGAGUUUGAAGCACCUAUCGGAUCUUUUGCCGAGCAAGAGCCAGUGGACGCGGAGCCGGUCAAGGAGGAUGAGGGGACCGAAUUCGACCUGUAUUUCUUGCGAAUCAGCCUUGUGGUGGACGGGGUACUGACUAUGUGCACGGCCUUUGCAACCGAGAGGUGGCAUAUAUUUCUUGCUGCGUUUCUGCUCCCGCUGGCAUCUGGGUCAGCACCGGCGGCCAAGGGAGUCAUGACUGAAAUGUGCUCCCCAUCUCAACGUGCGGACGCACUAAACGCACUGGGUCUAGUGGAAAACAUUGCUCGGCUGUCAACACAGGGCUUGUUCGGCUUUGUAUUUGCGGCUCUGGCUGAGGUCGGGAAGCCGCAUCUUACCUUUUUUGUCAAUGCUGCGAUUGCCAUUCUCGCAUACGGCAUGCUGCUGUUUUCCCGCUUCCCUCCAGAGGGGAGCAAGAUCGUCGAAGAUGAUGCGGAUGAAGAUGAAAGCUCAUAG